GCAUUUCAAACAAGCCCUUAACCUUCCCUCCCAUAUCUCUUUCAAUUUUCGGCCUUAAUAUCACACGCAAGUUAAAUCGAAUUCAUAAUUCAUUCAUAACCAUUCAAGCAACCAAAAGCAAGAGGAACAACAAAACCUAGUAGUCAAAAUGAGGGAGGAAGAGAUCGAGAAGCUUCGAGGUGUAGUAAGAGAUUGCGUCAGUAAGCACCUCUACUCCUCCGCGAUCUUCUUCGCCGAUAAAGUCGCCGCCUUCACCAACGACCCCGCCGACAUUUACAUGCAAGCACAGGCUCUUUUCCUCGGCCGCCACUACCGCCGUGCCUUCCAUCUCCUCAACGCAUCUAAAAUCGUCCUCCGUGACCUCCGCUUCCGCUACCUCGCCGCCAAGUGCCUCGAGGAAUUGAAGGAGUGGAAUCAAUGUCUGUCAAUGCUGGGUGAGGCCAAAGUAGAUGAUAAUGGAAAUGUUUAUGAUACCAAGGACUCUAAUGUUAUGUACUUGGAUAAAGAUAGUGAAGAUCGUGAAAUCAAUAUAUCUUCUGCAAUAUGUUUCUUGAGAGGCAAAGCAUAUGAAGCUCUAGAAAACCGUUCUCAGGCUCGAUUGUGGUACAAAGCGGCUAUAAAAGCGGAUCCCUUAUGCUAUGAGGCUUUGGAAUGCCUUAUUGAAAAUCACAUGCUUACAUGCGAUGAAGAAACUAAUUUGAUCUCAUCAUUGCAAUUUGGAAGUGAGGAUGGAUGGCUUUCAGCAUUUUAUUCUUGUUUGGUUAAGAAGUAUGACAAAGAAAUUGUUGUAGAAGCCAAGUUUAGACAUCUUGAGAACGAGAGCUGUAAAACUGACCAGUCUAAUCCUUCUUUCUGUCGUACACUGAAAACCAACACUGAUCUAUUGGCCUGCAAAGCCGAAUACUAUCAUCAGUCUGGUGAAUAUCAGAAAUGUUUUGAAUUAACAUUUGUUUUGCUUGAGAAGGAUCCUUUUCAUAUCAAGAGCACAUUAGUACAUCUGGCAGCUGCUAUGGAGCUUGGGAAUUCAAAUGAACUCUAUCUGAUGGCAUGCAAUUUAGUGAAGGAUUAUCCUCAAAAGGCUUUAUCAUGGUUUGCUGUUGGUUGCUAUUACUAUUGUAUCAAGAAAUAUGACCAGUCCCGCCGUUAUUUCAGCAAGGCUACAAGUCUAGAUGGAACAUUCCCCCCUGCAUGGAUUGGCUAUGGCAAUGCCUUUGCAGCUCAAGAAGAAGGUGAUCAGGCUAUGUCAGCUUACCGCACUGCAGCUCGAUUAUUUCCCGGGUGCCAUUUACCAGCUCUUUAUAUUGGAAUGGAAUGCAUGCGGACUCACAGCUAUAAGCUUGCCGAACAGUUUUUCAUGCAGGCAAAGUCAAUUUGCUCAUCGGAUCCACUUGUGUAUAAUGAGCUGGGAGUUGUUGCCUAUUAUAUGAAAGAGUAUAAGAAAGCAGUGUGGUGGUUCGAGAAAACAUUAGCUCUCAUCCCAACCGCUUUAAGUGAAAUGUGGGAGCCAACUGUAGUCAAUAUCGCUCAUGCAUGCAGGAAGUUGGAGAUGUACCGAGAAGCAAUUUCAUAUUAUGAGAAAGCACUUGCAUUAUCAACAACAAGUGUGAGCACUUAUGCGGGUCUUGCAUAUACUUACCACUUACAGGAUGAUUUCACUACAGCAAUUACAUAUUAUCACAAAGCAUUGUGGCUGAAGCCGGAUGAUCAGUUCUGUACUGAAAUGUUAAGCUGGGCUUUAAUAGAUGAAAGCAGAAACUGCGCUGAAUCUCACCUUGAAUUCCAAUGAAUUUUCCGGCGCAGUUUCAUUUGUGUUAUAUAUAUAUAUAUAUAUAUAUAUAUAUAUAUAUAUAUAUAUAUAUAUAUAUAUAUAUAAACAAUACUUUAACGCCAAGGUAAUGUACUGCAAUUAUUAUCAUGUUUAUUAGUAAGUUGUUCUGUUUUAUUAGACCAUUUCUUUUUGGUAUUCGGCUUUGUUUAGACUGAGUUAUGAUUUUUUUCUUGAUCUUUUACUUAUUCAGGAAUGUAAUUUUUGCGGGUUGUAAUUAGACUUUGAUUCAAUUGACAAAACUGCAGUCGAUUAAUUUGGGUAA